AUGGCUGAAGGGUCGCACGAGCGUUGGGGUAGCCAGACCGAGUAUCUACUGUCAUGUCUUGGAUACGCCGUAGGCAUCGGAAACAUCUGGAGAUUCCCAUACCUGUGCUAUAGAAAUGGCGGAGGUGCAUUCCUUAUACCUUACUUUUUAACACUUGUAAUAUGCGGUAUUCCACUUGUGUAUUUGGAAACGACAUUGGGACAGUUCGCGAGCGCAGGAUGUAUCUCAGUUUUCAAUAUCAAUCCACUAUUCAAAGGAGCGGGGUAUGCCGUAGUCGUCUUGAACAUAAUAGCAAUUAUUUAUUUUGCUGCGAUUAUGUCUUAUCCUUUGCUGUAUAUCUUUCAUUCAUUUACCACGCCAUUACCUUGGCAAAGUUGCGGCAACUCAUGGAAUACUAAUAGAUGUACUGAGAUAAAUAGUAACUCCACGGUCAAUGCAACAAUAGGCUUAAUGAGGACUCCUGAAGACGAAUUCUUCCACAUACGACUGUUACAAGCGUCACCGAGUAUUCAUGAAAUUGGGGGUAUCGUGUGGCCCGUAUUGUGGUGCAACCUGAUAUGUUGGUUGCUCGUUUACCUCUGUAUAUGCAACGGUGUCAAGAGCGUCGGUAAGAUUGUUUACUUCACGGUUUUGUUCCCGUACGUGGUGCUAUUUGCUUUAUUCGUACGAGGUGUGACGUUGCCUGGCGCCAUUCAGGGCAUUUUAUAUUUCAUAUUGCCGGAUUGGACACAGUUGAAAAAACCCAAGGUGUGGGCUGAUGCUGCUACUCAGAUUUUUUACUCACUUGGCCCAGGGUGGGGAGGUCUAGUCAGCAUGGCCAGUUUCAACAAAUUCCACUAUAAUAAUUUAAGGUCGUCAAUAAUAAUACCAAUAGUAAACAGCGGGACGAGCGUUUGGGCUGGGUUCGUAGUCUUUUCGGUGCUCGGGUUUGCUGCUGAUCGUGCGGGGGUGCCGGUAGACCAAGUAGCCACCGCUGGUCCAGGACUGGCCUUCGUCACAUACCCCGCCGCUGUGUCAUUGAUGCCCGCUCCGAAUUUUUGGGCUGUGACCUUUUUUGUCAUGCUCUUCUUUCUUGGCAUCGACACAAUGUUUGUCACCAUUGAAGCUGUAAUAGCAGGCCUUCUAGACGAGUACCCUAAGCUGCGGCAUCGUAGAAAACUGAUCACUCUUCUGACUUGUGUUGCUCUAUUCGGUAUUUCAAUAAUAUGCAAUACGAAGGGAGGACUCCAUGUGAUUGGUCUUCUGGACGCCCACGUGGCCAUUGCCUGCGUUCCGACAGUCUGCGCGAUGGAAAUCAUCGCCGCCGUGUACACUUACGGACAAGACAAGAUGAGCGUGGACGUGCUGUUCAUGACUGGCAGACCGCUGCGACGGUUCUGGCUUUUCUUAUGGAGAUAUAUCCUACCAGUGAUACUAUCGGUGAUUACUGUGUACUCAUUACGCGAAGCUUCCGGGAUCGCUGGCUGGUCUGUGGCACUCGCUUCAGUGAUAUGCAUUCCUAUGUACGCAGUCAGGACUAUUUAUAUGUCCCGGGGACCUAUAAUACAGAGAGUCAGAGAGAAUUGUAGAGCGAACUCCAAAUGGGGACCGGCGGAAAAUGAGGUCCGCCUGCGAUGGGAGACCUUCCGAAACAAAACGAGCCGCGAUUUGCCCUUACUGCCUACCAAUUAUGGACCU